AAUGUCAGCCAAUCAGUAAACAGUCAGUAUAAAAACAUGUUAUACAAAACCAAAUAAUUAAAGUGGAUACACUUCUUUUAUAUGGUCUAAGACUUAUCAAGGUUAGGAAAAGGUUCAAAGGUUCCAAAGUUGUAAUGCAUAAGGUAGAGAAACUCAUCCAUAUGGCUCUAUAAUAGUUGGUCUCUGGAGCUAUGAUGAGGUCACAAAAGCCCUUUCAGCCUCGACCACAUAGCUUCAUUAUUGUUUGUGUACUCCAGUUGUGUAAGUUUAUCAUUUUUAUUAUGGAUAUGUCUCUACAAUACUCAUACCACUGAACUCCCCUCCCAACCAUCGAUUGCUAUCAUUGAUGGUUAGAGACCUUGAAUGACAUGGCUCAAAAUCGUUUGCAAUGGCACAAAUGCAUUCACUCUUCGUGUUCUCCCAAAUUCUAAUCUGAAUCGUUAAUUCAUUUAGUAUUGUUUGUUUGAAUCUUCCCGUCGAUGUGUUAGGAUUGCAACUUGUCAGUCUCUAAUUGGCAUAUGUGCAUACUGUGCGUAUUGCCUCGAUAAUUCACAAGCAUGGUAAGCAGAGAUGGAUAGUGGCUAGCAGUGAAUUCUUAAUGUUUCUUUCUUUUUUCUCUUUCCAAAUUUAUUUCACUGGAUUGUACUCCUUGAAUAACAUUUUCAAACCCUAAUCUUUCCGAAUGCCCCCAAAUGCCCUGGUACGGCCGAGAGUGGGGAGAGUCCUCUCCCCCUCUCGAAAUGCUCUCAUAUGGCCAGCAAAUAUAUAGCCUCUGCCAGGGAAGUCCUACUCACUGCCUACUCAUAGUGGCAUUACUGUUGUUUACGAAAUUGAGAGGACGAAAAGCGAAUGUGCGGCGCUUUAACCGGGGUUGGUGGACACUGAUAAUCCACUUAGGGAAGUUGGAAAACCCUGAUUCCAAACAAAUGGUGCACAUGGGCUCCAGUAUCCCGAAGGGACAAAUAGCGUAUGAAUCAAUUGUUGGUCACCGGAUACCAUGAAACUGCAUCUCCUCACGAUGCUCCACUGCCUUGUGGAUCAGAUCUUUAGGUCAAAGGCUCCGGGUGUGGCUCCCCAAGAAAACCACCUGCUUCAGUUUGGGCACCCGGGCAAUAUCACAGCCCUCACACAAUUCGAAUGAGAUUUGUGAGGCGCAUAUGUAUCUGGUGCUUCCUUGUACCAAUAUUUAUGUGUUUAAAUAAAUAAAAUAAACAAAUAAUCUUUCCGAAUACUGCUUAUACUCUUACCACUUCUACCACUAUGGGAUUUGAAUCGACAAGUGCAUCUCUGUGCUAAUGUGGUAUGGCAACUCGAACUGAUGUACAUGUGUACGCACAAAGUCCCACGUUUCUGCUGAUUGACUGACUGACUGAUUUUUCAUGAUGUAUGAAUACGUAACAAUUGGAGUUGAUAUAGCACUGAAUAGAAUCAUAUGUUGUUUACUAGUGAGAAUAAAUACCUGUUUAAAACUAUUUGUUCUUUCAGACCUGUUCUGCAAUAUUCAUUUCUGGAAACAUAAUCGGUAAUUUUUUUAGUUCUGCACGUAACAAGUGUGUAGAGAUGAGAUGUCAAGGAAAACUACCAAUCAAAAAUAAUAGAUGUUGUAUCAAACAAACAAUGAGUUGGGGGGUAGACUCCAGUUUGCAUUGCAUUCUGUACAUUUAAGUUGUGUUGGUUGUAAGUACAAUGACUUGUGUUCAUUACGUAUAUUUUGAACUGAGUCUUCCAACUAUAUAUUAUUAAAUGCUUUUGUGAUAUUGGUUUAUUAAUAUUUCAUUAAUGUUGAAACUGUUUCUUAAUGGGUUGGGCAGUUUACCAACGGUAAACCGACAAGUCUAUCUAAAUUUUAUCAACUGAUUUAUAGGCUACUUACUUCUGUGGUGCAUUUUUCUAAUGUAUAUCAGACUAUUUGAAUUAAUGAGCCGUUUGUGUGAGAGGGUUUUUACAAACUGCAAACGAAAUUAUUACUAGACUAUUGAUUUAUCUAAUGAAUGUAUUACUUAGCUGGGUUAUUAUCUAUCCACUAGGGAUUAAAGUAAUUUCUGAUUGUUGCGUACAUUGGACUCAUCGUUAGUAUAAAUCGUGCUUGAAACCUUGUGUUAUUCUAAUCUUUACUUUAAAAGUAUUCAUUCACACACUAAUUGUUAUGCUAUAUUUUCAGGAUCCGAGAAACGUGAUAGUAGACGUCCUCUAACUGUUCGAGAUGUGAGUUUGAUUCGUUUAGCAAAGAAUGGGGAUUUGGAUUCAAUCAAACAAAUGAUAAAGGAAGGAGUAAACAUAAACGAGCAAGAUGAAACAGGUUGGACUGUAUUGCACGAAGCAUGUGUGCGGAACCUUCCACGUAUGGUUGAUUAUUUGCUGCGACAUGGAGCUGAUCCCAGUAUCUCAAACAUAAACGGUGACGUAGCACUUCAUUGUGCUGCGCGAGUAGGAUGUCUGCGUAUUGUUCGAGCACUCUUAUACUACAACGCCGACCCUCUGUUAUCGAACCAUAGGGGUGAGAAACCUUUGGACUUGUGUCAUGACCCUGAAGUAUCCAGUUUUCUCAAACAACAUACUGAAACUAACCAAUCACACAUGUUAGCAUCGUCUGGUUCUGGGAAAUCAUCACAUUUGAAAGUCCGCCAACAUACACACGGUACAAAACAUCUGAUGUCCUCUUUUUCUGGUACGACAGUAUCCAGCUCCACUGAACAUCACGGUGGUGGGGGUAAAGAUAACAGUAGUAUAGCAAGUCCAUCGAAUAUUUAUUCAGACUCAGAGGAUGAUGGUCAUUCACUUUCAGGUUUGAAUAUAACUACCAAUAUAUCUCAUCAUAAUAUUAGUCCUAAUAAUACUAACCAGCAGUUAGAUUUGAAUUGCUUAUCAUCUACCGGUCAUUAUAACCAUCCAACAUCUAGUCCAUCAUUGCCGUCUGUACCCAAAUCCGUAACUGAUAUGCACAUCUCUUCAUCAAAGUCAUUGAAGAAAGAUCCCUAUGCGUUUGAAGAUGAUGAGAAUGAUGAGACGGUGAACAAUUCUGGGAACUCACUACUUCAUCCUGCAUCUGGUGUUAAUAAUAGUAAUAAUACCAAUACACAGGCAACAGGCCAUAUUGGAGUUCAUUCUAGUUGCGGUGUUAGUGUUGGUACUCCAGUCAAUUUCAAUAAGUCAACUUCUUCCAAUUCUACCAUUUCUACUACUACUAUCACCACAAUCACUACUACUACUACUACUACUACUACUACUACUACUACUAUCGUCAAUACAAAUACGAAUACUAGUCCAAAUAGUAAUACCAGUAUUGGUAGUAUUGAUUCACUAUCAAAGCACACACGUCAACUGUCUUCUUCCAAUUUGUCAACUACUGUGGAGUGUGGAAAUAUAAUUUUGGAUAGUAGCAACGAUAAUACAUUGACAGGUACAAUCAAUAGUGCAUUUACUACAACUAUUGCUCCCAAUAAUAGUAGCAAUUACACAACUAGUAACAAUAACUGUGGUAGUGUUGGUGGACCUCCGCUUCGGCUUCGUUUUGCGAAAGAAGCCGGUCAAUAUACUUUGAUGGAACAUCAACAACAACAGAUUGAUUUAUCCCUUUCGAAUUGUGAGACAAAUCUUGUUCCUUCAUCAAGUGGAAUUAUUUGUACAACAACUGAAACGUCUCAUGUCGCUGUCGUUAGUGAUAGCGACAACGAUCACAACAACAUGAAUUUUCAAAUGAAUAUUAAUAAUAAUAAUGGUAGCGACAAUGUUAGUAAUGAGCAUAACUCCAAUAUGGGUACAUCGAUGACGAUAAAAAGUGAGUCAGUCACCGUAUCAGGUGAUGAAGAAUUGAAUCAUGUGUCUACAUCAUGCCAUUCAGAGUCAUCAGGAGGCGAAGAAAUCUCGGCACAGAAGGUUCCUCCUUUACGUAUUAAAUUUGCUUCGGGUACUUCUGGAGAUGAGUCGUCAUCAAUGACUUCAUCGUGCAUGUCAGUUGGAGCAACUUGUGGUGGAUUGACAACUCAUCCUAUUAAUAAUGUGGAGAAUAAUUCGAGUAAUGAGUCGAAUAUGAAUGAUAAAUGCGACGUGAAACCUCGUGUGUCUGAUGACGGUUUGAUGACUGUGAAUAACAAAAGUGAUGGUAAGGAGGCUGGAGUCACUGUCACUUCUAUCGUUUCGACGAGUGUCGUUUCAGUUCCUGAAAAAGUUUCAUGUUCAAGCGUGGAGAAUAUCGGCGACGGUAAUAGCGGCAGUGGUGCUACCACCGUUACUGCUACUGGCACUACCGAGACUGUCCACGAUCAAUAUUCUAGCCACCAUGAGAAGUUAUCUAAGUCUUAUGAUCAUGUUGUUGCAACGAAUGUACACCAUAACGAAUCGAGUACAGAGUUGUCCAUAUCCUGUACUCCCCCAUCGACAUGUACCACAAGUACUGGGAUGAACACUAGUGUGAAUAUUACAAGUGGUGUUAACACUGUUGAGAUGAGUAGCAAUCGUAGUAAUGCAAGUAAUGCUAAUCGGGUGAAAGUGGAUAAUACUCUGGAGACGAGUGAGUGUCAUGGAAAGAGUGGCAAUAAUAAUAGUAAUCAUAACAACCACACUCACAAUCGAAAUAGUAAUAAUAAUAAUACGAAUAAUGGUAAUCGAGAAGUGUCGAAAGAUACUCACCGGCAUCGUAGUGGGCGUACAUUACGUUCACAUACAGCUGCUCAACGUGAAAAAGAAGAGAAGGAACGUCACACGGAUGAUGCUACUCCGAUUAAGAAGCGUAAACUUCGUUCUCGUUCGGAUACUGUGACAAAUCAUGAGAAUAUCAGUCAACAGAGUCGUAGUGGUAGUGGAAUUGGGACAGUAAAUGCAAAUAAUUCACCUAUAACAACUGUUCAUGCUGGUUCGUCAACUGAAUCUUCUAAUGUGUCGUCUUCAAAUGCUGUUGCAAACAUGGAUGUGAUUGAAGAUACACAUGGUUGUUUAACUGUUACUGUUUCUUCUCAAAGUGACAGUCACAUGGGUAGUGAAGAGAAGAAGGUGUCUGUGGGAAGUUCUCAGUGUACAGUGCUGACUGAUAAAGAUACUACUGAUGUGCAUAUGACUUGUGUUUCUGAAAUUGAAGGAGGACAUUCUGUUUCAUUGUCUACCACUGCUACUACUACUACUACUACUACUACUACUGACAAUGAUAACAGCAAGAAGAUGGAAGUGGAUGAAAAACCAGAGAUGUGUGGAACUGCUGUGUCAGUUGCGAAAUUGAAUAUGGAUGGAUCGAAUGAUGUGGAUGUUGUAUCAUCAGUCUCAGAAGUAGGAGCAACGACGGUGGUAACAACAACAGUAGAUAUAGCAGGAAUAGCAACAUCGACUCCAUCAUCAUCGUCAUUGGGGGAACAGACAGGUGGACGUUCUAGUGAAGCAGAUUGUGACAUGAGUUAUUUAUUUUGUCCCUCUGCUCCUGGAGAUGAAGAUCGUAAAGAUAUUGAGUUGUUGAAAUUUCAAAAUCCAUAUGGCAAAGCUGCUGAAUUGAACAAGAAUUUACGUGAACUUGUCAAUAAUCUGGUGAAGGUCCAUCCGAAAGCACCUUGUGGUUAUCAAGAUUACCUGUUGGUUACUCGUAAUUACCUAUUGGCUAAUCAACUGUCAUUUGCUACAUAUGUGAAACGUUCACCACCGAGUCAUUUGGAAGCGACAUUUGUGGAAUUAUUCAAUGAACAAGAAGAAGAACGCUAUGCUCAGGCAUUGAAACAUCAAUCAGAACGAGAACAUUUACAACUGGGUGCAGAACAAGCUGUUUUACGUGCUCAAACACGUGGUGCAUUAGCAGUGGCCAAUCAAUCGAAACCAUAUUCGUUUUGUUCAAUAUUAUCUUAUAAUGAUUUGACGUAUAUUCCACCGGUUGGGAAAUUAGAGAAUCGAGAAGAAGAGAAUAUACGUGAUCGUUUUACCCCUCGUACAUUUAUCGGUUGGCUUCAAGACAUUAUCGAUACAUUUCAAAAUGAAAAGAAGAAAUUACUCUGUCGACAACUUCAUGAAGCUGAAUCAUUGAUGAUGGUACAGAAACUUGAUUGGGAGAUGAAAACCCGCGAAACAUUGGCAUCGAACAUCGAUUGUAUUGGUGUUGUGGAUGUAUUCAAAGACAUUCCAGCUAAUUAUGUUCCACUGAUCCCAGUGCCUAAUGACUUUCCACUAUUCGCUCAUGAUCCGGUACAUCGAACGACGACGACGACGACCAUAACGACAGCUGGGCAGACGGCGGCAACAGCAACGACAAUGUCAACCACACCGAGUACUCCGAUCCCCAUCACUCAUACUACCAACACCACCACACACACGGCUGUGAGUAAUAGCCCAACAGUAUCAGCAACGACAACUACGCCGACUAACAACUCAUGAUCGACAUGAAGAAGGAGAUUUGUUUUGAUUUUCUGAGUAAUGAAAUCUAUGUGUUAUGUCAUACUUCUCAUUUCCUAGCUUCGAUCUGAUUUUGCCUUCUCAUCUCAACAGAAACGACAGAUAAACUGACUUUCUCUCCUUCUUCCUCUGCAUCGUCAUAUUGAUUUUGUGUUUUUUUGUGUGUGCAUGUGUCUGUUUGUUUGUGUACAUAUUUUGUAUGUUGAUGGAUUGACUGAUUUUCUAUGAUUUCCUGUUGUUAUCAUCUUUGUGGUCGUCAGUAUUUAUGGGAUAAUAAUGUGGUUACUGAAUGUGUAUCUGGUGGGAUUGAUGAUGAUGAACAGUUUGUGUGUGUGUGUGUGUGUUGGAGUUUUAUUUAUGUGUUGUGGUGAAACUGUUUUUAUGAUGUAAUUUGCCAAUGUCAAUAUGAUUGGUUAUAAUAAUUACUAAUUUUACAAUGAUUUAUAUAGUUUACUUUUUUAUGUAUUCAUCCACUUAUGUGUGUAAUUAAUGAAAUGCCUGUUUAUGUACCUGAAUUAUGUAACUAAAUAUAUUUAUUUUAUCCUUGGAAUACCGUGGUUUUCCCUAUUUUGAAGACAUCCUGUUCAAUAGUAUGGUACC